AUGUCGGAAGAGAAAACGUACAAACGUGUGGAGAAGGAUGAUCCCGUGCCCGAACUGGAUAUCAAGCAGGGCCCCGUAAGACCCUAUAUUGUUACUGAUCCGAGUGCCGAAUUGGCCUCAUUGCGAACCAUGGUCACUCUUAAAGAGAAGCUGUUAGUGGCCUGUCUCGCCAUCUUUACGGCGGUAGUCAGAUUGCACGGUCUGGCAUGGCCCGACAGCGUGGUAUUCGAUGAAGUACAUUUUGGUGGGUUUGCCUCGCAGUACAUUAAGGGCACUUACUUCAUGGAUGUGCACCCCCCUCUUGCUAAGAUGUUGUAUGCUGGUGUGGCAUCGCUUGGUGGAUUUCAAGGUGAUUUUGACUUCGAAAACAUUGGUGACAGCUUUCCAUCUACGACGCCAUACGUAUUGAUGAGAUUUUUCUCUGCUUCUUUGGGUGCUCUUACCGUGCUUUUGAUGUACAUGACUUUACGUUAUUCCGGUGUUCGUAUGUGGGUUGCGCUGAUCAGCGCCAUCUGCUUUGCCAUUGAAAACUCGUACGUGACUAUUUCUCGUUAUAUUCUAUUGGAUGCCCCAUUGAUGUUUUUCAUUGCUGCUGCAGUCUACUCUUUUAAGAAGUACGAAAUGUAUCCUGCCAACUCGCUCAAUGCUUACAAGUCCUUGCUGGCCACCGGUAUUGCCCUUGGUAUGGCCUCUUCAUCCAAAUGGGUUGGCCUUUUCACAGUUACAUGGGUAGGCCUUCUAUGUAUCUGGAGACUAUGGUUCAUGAUUGGGGAUUUGACUAAAUCUUCCAAGUCAAUCUUCAAAGUGGUAUUCGCCAAGUUGGCCUUCUUAUUGGGUGUGCCUUUUGCUCUUUACCUGAUCUUCUUUUAUAUCCAUUUCCAAUCACUAUCUUUGGACGGCGAUGGUGCAAGUUUCUUUUCCCCUGAAUUUAGAUCUACAUUAAAGAACAAUAAGAUCCCACAAAAUGUCGUUGCUGAUGUCGGCAUUGGUUCUAUCAUCAGUUUACGUCAUCUCUCUACCAUGGGCGGUUAUUUGCAUUCUCAUUCACACAAUUAUCCAGCGGGUUCGGAACAACAACAAAUCACUUUAUAUCCUCACAUGGAUGCCAAUAAUGAUUGGUUGUUGGAACUUUACAACGCACCAGGCGAGUCUUUAACAACUUUUCAGAACUUAACCGAUGGUACAAAGGUUAGACUAUUCCACACCGUUACGAGAUGCAGGUUACACUCUCAUGACCAUAAGCCACCUGUUUCAGAAAGCAGCGACUGGCAGAAGGAAGUUUCUUGUUAUGGUUACAGUGGAUUCGACGGUGAUGCAAAUGAUGACUGGGUUGUUGAGAUUGAUAAAAAGAAUUCUGCUCCUGGAGUUGCCCAAGAACGGGUUAUAGCUUUGGACACCAAAUUCAGAUUGAGACAUGCCAUGACUGGCUGUUAUUUGUUUUCUCAUGAAGUCAAGUUGCCAGCUUGGGGGUUCGAACAACAAGAAGUUACUUGUGCCUCCUCUGGUAGACAUGACUUAACGUUGUGGUACGUCGAGAACAACAGUAACCCAUUGCUGCCAGAAGAUACCAACCGUAUCUCUUAUAAACCUGCAAGCUUCAUCUCCAAAUUUAUUGAAUCACAUAAAAAGAUGUGGCAUAUUAAUAAGAAUUUGGUCGAACCUCAUGUCUACGAAUCUCAACCAACCUCGUGGCCAUUCUUGCUACGUGGUAUCAGUUACUGGGGUGAAAAUAACAGAAAUGUUUAUUUGUUAGGCAAUGCCAUCGUAUGGUGGGCAGUAACCGCCUUCAUUGGCAUUUUCGGAUUGAUUGUUAUCACUGAAUUGUUCUCGUGGCAAGUAGGUAAACCAAUUUUGAAGGAUUCUAAGGUUGUCAACUUCCACGUUCAAGUUAUUCACUACUUAUUGGGUUUUGCCAUCCAUUAUGCUCCAUCUUUCUUGAUGCAACGUCAAAUGUUUUUGCAUCAUUACCUGCCUGCUUACUAUUUCGGUAUCCUUGCCCUUGGCCACGCCUUAGACAUAAUAGUUUCUUAUGUUUUCCGUAGCAAGAGACAAAUGGGCUAUGCAGUAUUGAUCGCCUUCCUUGCCGCUUCUGCGUAUUUCUUCAAGAGCUUCAGCCCAAUUAUUUAUGGUACUCCAUGGACUCAAGAAUUGUGUCAAAAAUCGCAGUGGUUGUCUGGUUGGGACUACAAUUGUAAUACAUACUUUUCUUCCUUGGAAGAAUACAAAAACCAAACCCUAACUAGACGUGAAUCUCAACCUGCUGCUACUAGUACUGUUGAAGAAAUCACUAUAGAAGGAGACGGACCAUCAUACGAAGAUCUCAUGAACGAAGAUGGCAAGAAAAUCUUCAAGGACACAGAAGGUAAUGAGCUAGAUCCCGAAGUUGUCAAAAAGAUGUUGGAGGAAGAAGGAGCCAACAUUUUAAAAGUAGAAAAAAGAGCUGUUCUGGAAUAA